UUUCCCUCUUGUGGGUUCUUUUGCUUUAGCAUUUCAAACAGAAAUUCCCACCUCCUAUACAUAUUCCUCACCUUUCAUAUAUAUAUAUAUAUAUAUAUAUAUAUAUAUACAUUACACACACAUCAAUCCAAGUCCUCUGCCUAUCUCUUCAUACCCAUUGACCAUUGUCUUAGAAUUUCAUCUGGAUCUUCUGCAGUUGGCGUGUUAAUGGCGUCCAGACAUUGGACUUCGGAGCAGAACAAGCAAUUUGAGAAUGCGUUGGCUAUGUAUGACCAGGACACCCCUGACCGCUGGCAAAAAGUAGCCAAGGCUGUGGGGCACGGGAAAUCUGCAGAGGAGGUGAAGCAUCAUUACGAGAUCCUCCUGGAGGAUAUCGGGAAAAUUGAAUCCGACCAACUCCCUUUACAGUACUACAACACCACUGGCAGCAACAGGAGGAUUUGUGGACGAACAGAGAAUCUAAAGAUCAACUGAAGAGAAAGAGGCAGCUAUAUAUAGCACGUACAAUUACUGUACGAGAAGAAGAAGAAGAAGAAGAAGAAGACAUGUAUAGGUGCAGAGUUACCAAUUGUAAAUUACAGAAAGUUAAUGUUGAGAAUGCAGUUAGGAGAAAUCAGUAGCAGGUUUGUUGUUGUACUUUCAAUUGUUAAUGUAAUGGUUUCUCAGGUUCAGAGAAAUAAGGCGAGUACUGUUCUUGUUUCAGUGUUAUCUCAAUAAUAGAUUAAGGGUUUGU